UCCCUGAGGAAAAGUGAGGACCAUGCUCUCCAAACAGGCCAUGUGCUGGACUACCUCUGUUUCUGUCUCCUGGGAUUCCAAUCAGCAAGUGAGCAACAAAGCAACCCAGACAGUGUGGUUCAUAGGAUGGCUGGCAGGGCUUCUAUCACAGGGUGAAACUUCAAACUGGCUGGGACAUUCCUUAUCUUCCAUCUCAUCCUGGGUGGCAGAAGAGUCUAUCCUCAUUUUUGAAAGGGAAAGCAAGUUCAGGGUGCGAAGUACCACAUUACUGUCAUCUCCCUGUGAGUGGGAUUGGCACCCCGGCUGCAGCUCCAGGCGAAAGUACUCCAGGAAGCACAGAGCUGUACCAGUACACGGCCCACGUUGCCAGGCCCCAGGCAUGGAAGAGCUGAUAUGGGAACAGUACACUGUGACCCUGCAAAAGGAUUCCAAAAGAGGAUUUGGAAUUGCAGUGUCCGGAGGCAGAGACAACCCCCACUUUGAAAAUGGAGAAACGUCAAUUGUCAUUUCUGAUGUGCUCCCGGGUGGGCCUGCUGAUGGGCUGCUCCAAGAAAAUGACAGAGUGGUCAUGGUCAAUGGCACCCCCAUGGAGGAUGUGCUUCAUUCGUUUGCAGUUCAGCAGCUCAGAAAAAGUGGGAAGGUCGCUGCUAUUGUGGUCAAGAGGCCCCGGAAGGUCCAGGUGGCCCCGCUUCAGGCCAGCCCUUCCCUGGAUCAGGAUGACCAGGCUUUUGAGGUGAUGGACGAGUUUGAUGGCAGAAGUUUCCGGAGUGGGUACAGCGAGAGGAGCCAUGGGGGGCGCAGCCGCAGCUGGGAGGACAGCCCGGAAAGGGGGCGUCCCCACCAGCGGGCCCGGAGCCGGGAGCGGGACCUCAGCCAGGACCGGAUCCGCGGCCGGAGCCUGGAGCGAGGCCUGGACCAAGACCAUGCGCGCACCCGAGACCGCAGCCGUGGCCGGAGCCUGGAGCGGGGCCUGGACCACGACUUUGGGCCAUCCCGGGACCGGGACCGCGACCGCAGCCGCGGCCAGAGCAUUGACCAGGACUACGAGCGGGCCUAUCACCAGGCCUACGACCCAGACUACGAGCGGGCCUACAGCCCGGAGUACAGGCGCGGGGCCCGCCACGACGCCCGCUCUUGGGGGCCCCGAAGCCGCAGCCGCGAGCACCCGCACUCACGCAGCCCCAGCCCCGAGCCGAGGGGGCGGCCGGGGCCCAUCGGGGUCCUCCUGACGAAAAGCAGAGCGAACGAAGAGUAUGGUCUCCGGCUUGGGAGUCAGAUCUUCAUAAAGGAAAUGACCCAAACGGGUCUGGCAACUAAAGAUGGCAACCUUCACGAAGGAGACAUAAUUCUCAAGAUCAAUGGGACUGUAACUGAGAACAUGUCUUUAACGGAUGCUCGAAAAUUGAUAGAAAAGUCAAGAGGAAAACUACAGCUAGUGGUGUUGAGAGACAGCCAGCAAACCCUCAUCAACAUCCCAUCGUUAAAUGACAGUGACUCAGAAAUAGAAGAUAUCUCAGAAAUAGAGUCAAACCGAUCAUUUUCUCCAGAGGAGAGACGUCAGCAGUAUUCUGAUUAUGAUUAUCAUUCUUCAAGUGAGAAGCUGAAGGAAAGGCCAAGUUCCAGGGAGGACACGCCAAGCAGAUUGUCCAGGAUGGGUGCGACGCCCACUCCCUUUAAGUCCACAGGGGAUAUUGCAGGCACAGUUGUCCCAGAGACCAACAAGGAAUCCAGAUACCAAGAGGACCCCCCAGCUCCUCAACCAAAAGCAGCCCCGAGAACUUUUCUUCGUCCUAGUCCUGAAGAUGAAGCAAUAUAUGGCCCUAAUACCAAAAUGGUAAGGUUCAAGAAGGGAGACAGCGUGGGCCUCCGGUUGGCUGGUGGCAAUGAUGUCGGGAUAUUUGUUGCUGGCAUUCAAGAAGGGACCUCGGCGGAGCAGGAGGGCCUUCAAGAAGGAGACCAGAUUCUGAAGGUGAACACGCAGGAUUUCAGAGGACUAGUGCGGGAGGAUGCCGUUCUCUACCUGUUAGAAAUCCCUAAAGGUGAAAUGGUGACCAUUUUAGCUCAGAGCCGAGCCGAUGUGUAUAGAGACAUCCUGGCUUGUGGCAGAGGGGAUUCGUUUUUUAUAAGAAGCCACUUUGAAUGUGAGAAGGAAACUCCACAGAGCCUGGCCUUCACCAGAGGGGAAGUCUUCCGAGUGGUAGACACACUGUAUGACGGCAAGCUGGGCAACUGGCUGGCUGUGAGGAUUGGGAACGAGUUGGAGAAAGGCUUAAUUCCCAACAAGAGCAGAGCUGAACAAAUGGCCAGUGUUCAAAAUGCCCAGAGAGACAACGCUGGGGACCGGGCAGAUUUCUGGAGAAUGCGUGGCCAGAGGUCUGGGGUGAAGAAGAAUGUGAGGAAAAGUCGGGAAGACCUCACAGCCGUUGUGUCUGUCAGCACCAAGUUCCCGGCUUAUGAGAGAGUUUUGCUGCGAGAAGCUGGUUUUAAGAGACCUGUGGUCUUAUUCGGCCCCAUAGCUGAUAUAGCAAUGGAAAAAUUGGCAAAUGAGUUACCUGACUUCUUUCAAACUGCUAAAACGGAACCAAAAGAUGCAGGAUCUGAGAAAUCCACUGGAGUGGUCCGGUUAAAUACCGUGAGGCAAAUUAUUGAACAGGAUAAGCAUGCACUACUGGAUGUGACUCCGAAAGCUGUGGACCUAUUGAAUUACACCCAGUGGUUCCCAAUUGUGAUUUUUUUCAACCCAGACUCCAGACAAGGUGUCAAAACCAUGAGACAAAGGUUAAAUCCAACAUCCAACAAAAGUUCUCGAAAGUUAUUUGAUCAAGCCAACAAGCUUAAAAAAACGUGUGCACACCUUUUUACAGCUACAAUCAACCUAAAUUCAGCCAAUGAUAGCUGGUUUGGCAGCUUAAAGGACACUAUUCAGCAUCAGCAAGGAGAAGCGGUUUGGGUCUCUGAAGGAAAGAUGGAAGGGAUGGAUGAUGACCCUGAAGACCGCAUGUCCUACUUAACCGCCAUGGGCGCGGACUAUCUGAGUUGCGACAGCCGCCUCAUCAGUGACUUUGAAGACACGGACGGCGAAGGAGGCGCCUACACUGACAAUGAGCUGGAUGAGCCAGCCGAGGAGCCGCUGGUGUCGUCCAUCACCCGCUCCUCAGAGCCGGUGCAGCACGAGGAGAGCAUAAGGAAACCCAGCCCAGAGCCACGAGCUCAGAUGAGGAGGGCUGCUAGCAGCGAUCAACUUAGGGACAAUAGCCCGCCCCCAGCAUUCAAGCCAGAGCCGCCCAAGGCCAAAACCCAGAACAAAGAAGAAUCCUAUGACUUCUCCAAAUCCUAUGAAUAUAAGUCAAACCCCUCUGCCGUUGCUGGUAAUGAAACUCCUGGGGCAUCUACCAAAGGUUAUCCUCCUCCUGUUGCAGCAAAACCUACCUUUGGGCGGUCUAUACUGAAGCCCUCCACUCCCGUCCCUCCUCAAGAGGGUGAGGAGGUGGGAGAGAGCAGUGAGGAGCAAGAUAAUGCUCCCAAAUCAGUCCUGGGCAAAGUCAAAAUAUUUGAGAAGAUGGAUCACAAGGCCAGGUUACAGAGAAUACAGGAGCUCCAGGAAGCACAGAAUGCAAGGAUCGAAAUUGCCCAGAAGCAUCCUGAUAUCUAUGCAGUUCCAAUCAAAACGCACAAGCCAGACCCCGGCCUGCCCCAGCACACAAGUUCCAGACCCCCUGAGCCACAGAAAGCUCCUUCCAGACCUUAUCAGGAUACCAGAGGAAGUUAUGGUAGUGACGCCGAGGAGGAGGAGUACCGCCAGCAGUUGUCGGAACACUCCAAGCGUGGGUACUAUGGCCAGGCUGCCCGAUACCGGGACACAGAAUUAUAGAUGUCUGAGCACGGACUCUCCCAGGCCUGCCUGCACGGCAUCAGACUAGCCACUCCUGCCAGGCCGCCGGGAUGGUUCUUCUCCAGUUAGAAUGCGCCAUGGAGACGUGGUGGGACUCCAGCUCGUAUGUCCUUACGGAGAACCCAGGGGACAGCUGGUGCAAAUUCAGAACUGAGGGCUCUGUUUGUGGGACUGGGUUAGAGGAGUCUGUGGCUUUUUGUUCAGAAUUAAGCAGAACACUACAGUCAGAUCCUGUUACUUGCUUCAGUGGACCAAAAUCUGUAUUCUGUUUGCGUACUUUUAAUAUGUAUAUUAAGAAGCAAUAACUAUUUUUCCUCAUUCAUAGCUGCCCUUAAGGACUGUUUCAGUGUGAGUCAGAAUGUGAAAAAGGAAUAAAAAAUACUGUUGGGCUCAAACUAAAUUCAAAGAAGUACUUUAUUGCAACUCUUUUAAGUGCCUUGGAUGAGAAGUGUCUUAAAUUUUCUUCCUUUGAAGUUUUAGGCAGAGCCAUAAUGGACUAAAACAUUUUGACUAAGUUUUUAUACCAGCUUAAUAGCUGUAGUUUUCCCUGCACUGUGUCAUCUUUUCAAGGCAUUUGUCUUUGUAAUAUUUUCCAUAAAUUCGGACUGUAUAUAUCAUAGCUAUACUUGAUAGUUUGGCUAUAAGUGCUCAAUAGCUUGAAGCCCAAGAAAUUUGUUGUUUGUUUAAAACCAAGUGCUGCACAAAAGCAGAUACUUGAGGAAAACGCUAUUUCCAAAAGCACGUGUAUUGACAACAGUUUUAUAAUUUAAUAAAAAGGAAUACAUUGCAAUCCA